UCCUGUGCUCUCUCAGUCAAGCCUGCUCCGUGAGCACUUAGAUGGAAUAGCAGUAUUUUCCCUUCUUUGGUGUCACUGGUGGAAACUGGAAACAAGGUGUUUUAGGAGUGGGGGUGAUAACUCAGAUCUGGUUUGAUACCUGACUUGUUAGUGGGAGCCGCACUGGAGGACGCUUCUGAAAGAUUCAAGUCAGCAUUUCUGGACCUGACCGACUUUAACUGCAGUGGUAACCGGUCGGGGUUCUUGCAGCCAUGGGCAGGCCGGAGGGGUCGGCCGGGCCUCCUCUGCUGUUAGCUUCGGCGCUCCUGGCUCUCUCGCUUUUCUCCACAGGGGUCUCCAGCCUCCCACAGCCGCUGCCAAGAGUCUUCCUCUCCUUUGAAGACCUGGAGGCGUCCCAGUCCUUUGAACACUACAGUAUAUCAGAGAAGGCCAUGGACUACCGGAUCCUGCAGAUGGACGAGGACCAGGACAGGAUGUAUGUGGGCUGCAAAGACCACGUCCUCUCCAUGGACAUCAACAACAUCACACUUGGCACGCUUAAGGUGUUUUGGCCUGCGUCUCCGAGCAAGAUAGAGGAAUGCCAAAUGGCAGGAAAGGAUCCCACGCACGGCUGUGGGAACUUCAUCCGGGUGGUGCAGCCGUAUAACAGGACACAUCUGUUCAUGUGUGGCAGCGGAGCGUACAGCCCCGUCUGCGUGUACGUCAACAGGGGCCGCAGACCAGAGGAACAAGUAUUUCACAUCGAUUCCAGGACGGAAUCUGGAAAGGGGAGGUGCUCCUUCAACCCUCAAGUGAACACAGCCUCCGUCAUGAUCAACCAGGAGCUGUUCUCAGGCAUGUAUAUUGACUUCAUGGGGACCGAUGCUGCCAUCUUCAGGAGCCUGACCAAGAGAAACGCAGUGCGAACAGACCAGCACAACUCUAAGUGGCUUAGUGAGCCAAUCUUCAUUGACGCCCACCUGAUACCCGACGGAACAGACCCCAACGAUGCCAAAUUGUAUUUUUUCUUCCGCGAGAGGCUGACAGACAACAGUGGAAACACAAAAAAUAUCCACACCAUGGUGGCCAGAGUGUGUCCGAGUGACAUCGGAGGACAGCGGAGCCUGGUGAACAAAUGGACCACCUUCCUGAAGGCCAGGAUGGUGUGUUCAGUUCUGGAGGACGACGGCACCGAAACGCACUUUGACGAACUGGAAAAUGUGUUUUUGCUGGAAACCGAUCAGCCCAAGGGCCUGUUGGUGUUUGGAGUCUUCACAUCCACAAGCUCCGUGUUUAAAGGCUCUGCAGUGUGUGUGUACAACAUGGCCGACAUCCUCACCGUCUUCAACGGGCCCUUCGCUCACAGAGAAGGGCCCAACUUCCAGUGGGUGGCCUUCCAAGGACGCAUCCCUUACCCGAGGCCCGGAACUUGUCCUGGUGGAGCCUUCACACCUGACAUUCACACAACAAAGGAGUUUCCAGACGACGUGGUGACCUUUGUGCGAAACCACCCAGUCAUGUUCAACCCCAUCUACCCAGUGGGAAGGAGGCCGCUGGUGGUUCGGACCAACGCCGACUACAAAUACACGUCAGUGGCAGUGGACCAGGUCACGGCUGCCGACGGCAACUACCAAGUGCUCUUCCUGGGCACAGACAAAGGUACAGUACAGAAGGUGAGUCUGCCAAGCAAUCAAUCCCUGCACCAAGAUCUGAUCCUGGAGGAGCUGGAAGUGUUAAGGUCAGCUGAUCAAGCUCCUGUUACCAACCUUGAGAAUAUCCUCAAAAAACAACAGCUGUACGUCAGCUCGGAGUUCGGGGGUGUCGCAGGUCUCCUGCACCGUUGUCACGCUUACGGCUCGGCAUGCGCCGACUGCUGCCUCGCCAGAGACCCCUACUGCGCCUGGGACGGCCUCAGCUGCUCGCGCUUCUAUCCCACCGGCAAAAGGAGAAGCAGAAGGCAGGACAUUAUGCAUGGAAAUCCACUCACUCAAUGCAGAGGAUUCAAUCUGAAAGCUUACAGAAACGCAGUGGAGAUGACGCAGUACGGCGUGAAAAACAACACCACCUUCCUGGAGUGCCUUCCCAAGUCUCCUCAGGCGUCCAUUCGCUGGCUCAUUCACAGGGACAACGACAGGAGGAAAGAGGUGAAGCUGAGCGACCGCGUGGUCUCCACGGAGCACGGCCUCCUCAUCCGCUCCGUGCAGCUGUCCGACCAGGGCCUCUACUACUGCCUGACCACCGAGAACAGCUUCAAACGCACCGUCGCCAAGAUCCGCCUGCGAGUGCUGAGCGAGGCCAUGGUGAGCGUGCUGACGGACAAGCAGCAGUCGCCGUGGGCCUGGGCCAGCUCGCUGCACCCCAAGACCCUGUUGGCGGCCUUCAGUCCGGCAGAGAGCCUCGCCGUGGAGCAGUACUGCAAAGAGAGGAAGCAGCUCCAGAACCUCCAGCAGAAGCAGCAGCAGCAGCAGCCUCAGCCGCCCGGACCUCUUCGGGGGGACUUGGCCAAACUGAAGCCCCUGCUGGACCGGAGGAAGAGCCGCAACCGGCGCAAUCACUUCCCGGAGGUUUGACACGGUGGGGGGAGGGGGGGGGCGGAUAACUUGACACAAACACCUCCACGCUGUUUCCCACGAACCCAGACCUUCCUUUUUCCAACUCUCAUCUCAAACUGCACAGCUGCACUGCGAGGUGGGUGUGGGGAGUUGUCAUUCGGCAACAUCUCUUAUUCUUGCAUGAGGUGUACUGUGAGCAAGAUGGCCGUGACAUCCACCAACGCACACCCACAGGCACCCACGAGCAGUUCAUUUGCCCCGUCGCAGAGUCCCAACACAGACCGAGGUGGCCCGGUUGUGAGUGGCACUAAUAAACCGCGGUCCGAGCCGACAUUGCUUGCGAUAACACACCUUGAGACGCAGCUGUGGUCAAUGAUCGUAUCAUAUUUUUUUUCGAUAUUAGAAGGGAAACUAGACCUGGCCGGGUAUUAAAAGCUCACGAUGGAUUUUGUUCUUUUGUUCACAAAAAGAGGCGGUCAUUUGAAAAUGAACAUGGUUAAUGGAGGAGAUUGAAAAGGGACAAAAGGGAGACAGAUGCAUGCUUGAGAGCGAGCGCCGUCUCACAGUAUAAUAUUAGUGUUUUAUUAGAUUCUACUCACAUUUGUCUAUUUACUUUAAACUAACAAAGAUGUAUCUGUUUCAGUGAAAUGGCAGUGUGGGCAAACAUCAGGUAAUACGGAGUAAAUUUUUGUGAGGAAAAAAAGGGGUUUCUCAUGAGUUGACUGAUUCUCACGCUGUCUACAACAGCACCGAUCAUACAAAGCACAGAUGGCAAGUGGUUCCAAUAAAAAGUGUGACAUUACAGCGCUGUGUAUGUUAAACAAGGGAUUAGUUCAAAGGCCAAACUUAACAUCCUGAUGUUACCCAAACAGAAAUAGUAGUAAAACACAGAGUAGCAUAUCAAAUUCUGCGGGGGAAUCUGUUGCAAACAUUUGAUACACGGACGAGAAUCUGCCUCACUGUAAAUCAGCUGCACAUUGUUUUAUACUUCCAUUGUUUAUAGCACAGAAGCAUGUUUAUAGAAAUGCGUCGAGGGAUCUUAAUUCUUGCCUGGAUCACAUUUUGAGUAACUAGCAGAUUCGCACAUUUUAGUUUUACGGCGUAGUUCAAAUCUUAUGCUGAAACGUGACAAUAUGCUUUCGACGUCGUUGACGGCAAAGUGGGCCGUUUCAAUUCAGAAAUAGUCAUUAUUUGACUUCUGUGAAUAGACCUUUUUUUUUUUUUUUUUAUCCAAAGACGUAGUUAAUGUAGAUAGAGAUUAAUCGUUGCUUGUGUACAUAGUAUAUUUUCUUUUGUUUCAUCCUUUUUAAUUUAAUGUUGUGCAGAUGUUUGUGAAAAUGUGUACAUAAUUUCGACAUGAUUCACCAGCAUAUGACUGUAUCUGCAAAUUGCAGAGACAUACAGUAUUAUUUUCAUUUUCACUUUCGUUUCACUUUCUCCCUCGAAAAAAAGAUCUACGUUUAAUAAAGCUGUGCGACCGGCGUCAUGUGAACUUCAACUCAGUGUAACUUCAGUGUUGUGAAUCAUAUGUAUUUCUAUUUAUUAAUGUCGUGAUAGCCUGAAUAAAUCUGUUCCGAUGAAUCUCAAUUUUACAG